CUAUCCUGACUUAAGCUUUCUUGUUCCACCUACUGGGCUGCUCCUGAGUUAUGUAAUCUAAUACUAGCAUGUCUGCCUCUUAAGGUGUGCAGCAUUACUCUGGGCUCCAGCCAUCCGACACAACACCUGAAAACACCCGGCUCAACAGAAAUCUUUUUUUUUCUUUGCACAUUUUCUUAUCAGGGUAGUGCAUUUGCCAGACUCUUCAUUUUUAUUACUGACCUGACAAGAUUUUUCCAAUACAUUGGACAUAGCUACAACAGGAAUGACAAAUCCCUGUAUACUUACAAAGCAACGGCUCCAAGGCUUUCAGACAUGGAGACUUCCAUGCAUGCAGCAUUUUUCAGUCAGUGUCUUAUGACAACAUCUGAUCUUUUUACUUAUUAUUUAUUUAAUGUUUGCAGUCUUAGCACAGUGGUAGGGCCAAAUUAAACAAAAAAAACAGAAAGCUCUAGCAAUGUUUUGGGAGCAAUAACCUCUUUCUUUAAAAGUUUUAACUCUGUGUCCAGUGUUUUAAUGAAGAAGACAAUGAAGAUUUUUGAUUGUGUCAAGCAUAAGGAUAUUCCUGCGGCCACCUGGAAAUGGCAUAUUCAGGACCCAGCAAGUCAGCGGCUAACUUGGAACAAGACUCCCAAAAGCGUUUUGGUGAUAAAGAAAGUCAGAGAUGACAGCCUGCUGAAGCCCUUUAAAGAGCUUUGUGUUUUUCUCACAGAGGAGAAAAACAUGAUUGUUUACGUGGAAAAAAAAGUCCUUGAAGAUCCCGCUAUUGCGAACGAUGAAAACUUUGGACCAGUGAAAAAGAAAUUUUGCACAUUUAGAGAAGAUUACGAUGACAUAUCCAAUCAAAUUGACUUUAUUAUUUGCCUUGGAGGGGAUGGGACUUUACUCUAUGCAUCAUCACUCUUUCAGGAUAGUGUUCCUCCGGUGAUGGCAUUUCAUUUGGGAUCACUGGGUUUCCUCACCCCCUUUAACUUUGAUAACUUCCAAACUCAAGUCACUCAGGUUAUAGAAGGUAACGCCGCUCUUGUACUACGCAGCAGGUUAAAAGUAAAAGUAUCCAAAGAGCACAAAGAGAAGAAAACUGCGGUACAGAAUGGAGUGGAGGAAAAUGGCCUCAUGGUCAAAUCUGAAAAGGAACCAAUAAAGCAAACAAAAUAUCAGGUCCUCAAUGAAGUAGUAAUAGACAGAGGUCCUUCUUCCUAUCUCUCCAAUGUAGAUGUCUUUCUAGACGGGCACCUUAUCACUAAAGUGCAAGGGGAUGGGGUCAUUGUGUCUACACCUACUGGCAGUACUGCAUAUGCAGCUGCAGCUGGAGCCUCCAUGAUCCACCCCAAUGUCCCAGCAAUUAUGAUCACCCCCAUCUGCCCACACUCCCUCUCCUUCCGACCAAUUGUGGUCCCUGCUGGAGUUGAGCUCAAGAUUAUGCUGUCCCCUGAUGCACGGAACACUGCUUGGGUAUCAUUCGAUGGGAGGAAAAGACAAGAAAUCUGCCAUGGAGACAGUAUUAGCAUCACUACCUCAUGUUACCCUCUCCCUUCCAUCUGUUUUCGGGACCCAGUGAACGACUGGUUUGACAGCUUGGCUGAGUGCUUACAUUGGAACGUGCGGAAAAAGCAAAACUAUUUUACAGAAGACGAGGAAGAAGAGGAUGACUUCUAAGGAUUUCCAUGCGUUGGAGCCUUCAGUGAACAUGCAGUAUCUACUCCCGUUUACAGCAGCCGCUCCACGUAACUGUGCUCCACUCACGGACAAUAGACCAAAACAGACUGAAGCCCUUAUGGGAAAUACCAGCUGCAAAGUACUGGUCUUACUUCUAACCAGCUUCCUUGAUUUCUCAAACUAGUGAUAUCUUAAAGAUUUUAAAACAGAAAUUUAUAAUUAUUUCGUAUAAAAAUCAAAUUUAAAAUAUUUACCGACUUGCCGCCAGCAGUGCUUACAUGAAGUUAAGCAGUUUUUCACUGGUGGCAAAAACGGUUUUCUAGCGUUGUUUACAUUUUAUAAAUCUAUGUCCCAUACCUGAUAACUCUUAAGGGUAGGGACACACGGGACGAUUU